AUCGAAGUCGUGGUCCGCAGCGACGACAAUGUCUACGAGGUGAGCCUGAAGAGCCUGUCGGCGAGAGUCAACGGCUUGCCGCUCGAAAGGUUCAUCGGGCUGUUGGCCGGGCAUAUUGUUGUCAUCAUGUUUGCCAUGGUCGGGUUGUUCCCAGCUACACUCAUUCUCGAUGCCAUGAACCGGCUUGCGGCGACAACGGGUAUGCCCAUCCACAACAGCGCGAGAUUGGCUCGUGGGAUGAAGGUCGUUCAGGGCGCCGUCAUCCCAGUGCUCAUGAUUGCGGGCUUGGUGUUGGGGAUUGUGACAACGGGCAACUCGAGGCAUUUCAGAACACCACAUGGGAUACUCGGCCUUGUCCUGACUAUUCUUUCCCUCGCCCAUAGUGCGCUCGCCGUGACCCGUGGCCGACGAAUGAGCCCAACACACGACAACCCCGACUUGUGCAAUGGCAACCAAUCUCUCUCUCCCCAUCAGAAGCGUGUUGACCCCACAGCAUCCUCGGACCGCUCAGUCACCCCUUCAAAUUCCCCUCCUCGCACCUCUGCGGCUACUAUGGCAGCCGCACCGCCACUGCCGACCAGCCUCACAAGCCUCCUGUUCACCCUAUUGGUCGUGGGCUUGUUGUUCGCGACCUGGAUCACGGGGCUCGACGACCUGCGCACCAUGUCCCUGUGCAUCGUGCAAGCCACAUCGCUCACUCUGGUCGCUGCCGUCGCGGCAAUCUUGAACGGGCUGUGCGAUGCGGCGGUCGUGGCAGUGGGGUUGGAGUGGUGGCUUUCACAGAGGACCGUGAUGGCCGUGGCCCGCGGCAUUGGCAAUGAUGUGAAGGGCGGCCAGCGGGCUGAUAGUGGCCACGAGCACGGUGCUCCUGCUGCACUCGUUCCUUCUACGUCGGCUGCGUCGGCUGGGGCGGGACAGAGGGCUCAGGAGCGGCGGUUACAUCAACCUAAAAUCAGUAUAGCGGGCUUCAAUGGCCACAGAGCACGAACACAAGGAGGAAAUGUCCAUGGUAGCUAUCAUGACGCCGGAAAGGGGCAAGAUGACAUGGCAAAUGGUCGACAUAAUGGUGCAAUCGAGAGAGACAAGCCUGGGGCGAAUCAGAUCGGGUUUGCGGUCAGCAGUUCACCGGACGAGGACGAUGUACGGUUCAGAGAAAAGGGGUUCUUCUGAUGGGGUUGGUUGUUGAUCAUCGCAUGAAAUAGCUUGACUCGGUGGUACUUGGCCAGUUCUGGCCAAGUCUGGCUCGUUGUCAACGUGGCAGCAGACCAAAGAAAGUUUCGGCCAAACCGCCGUAUUGCAUUCUUGCCGUCCAAACAUGCCCC